UUCAUAACAAUAAACCUGAAAAACCAAACACGCGAGUCGUCUUCCUCGCAUAGUCUGCAAAAUUUCUUCCGGUUCAGAAGUGUCCAAAUCUGGCUCGCCUUGGUCCACCUCGCUCCGCCUGGCUCACGGACGCUGAUCUGAAUGAUGAUUUUAUUUGAUCCCCUCAAUAACAAAAUAUAUUAGUAUAUUACAUUUUGAAAUUGCAAUAUGCAUAUUAAAUACUGCUAUAAAUUGGUUUUUGAAAAUGCUUGAUAUGUAGGUCUGUAGCCUGGUUGGAGAGAAACAACAUCCAAUCUGAUCAUAUAUAAUGUUAUUCUCUAUGGCAGGUACGAAAAGAGAAAUCAAAAUUCAGGCAUGCCUAAGCGCGCCUGAGAGCGUGCCUCAGGCGUACCUCUGUUUAGCGAUUGUUGCUAAAGCCAUACGCCAAGUUAUGGAGGCGUACGCGUGAAAUUGCAGAGGGGAGAAGAAGACGAUGAAAUCUAACUCUAUUUCUCUCAAAACAAUCCCGUAUGGGCUUAAAGAGAGGCUUGAGAUGUUUCAAUUUAUGAAUCAAUGAACAUCAACAGCAACUUCUCUACCAGUAAGUGAACUGAUACAGUCAAAUGAGUUACAGAAAGAUGGCAAGGAGACAAAGCAAACAUGUAUCAUUAUGCUUCUCUAAGUCUACAUGCCCACCAGAUUUGCAGCCCAAUGUACUUGGUACGCCUUUCAUGGCGGAGAAAGAGCUUCUGGCUGCAAAAUCAGCCAAAUUUGCUGCCUUACUCGAGGAUAAUUCAAAGGAAGAUCUUUCUCAUUUCCUCAGAAAUAUGCCUGCUGACCCCGAAACUCUUGAGCUUGUUGCCAGAUUCUACCAUGGCUUUCAACUUCAAAUUUCUACUGAGAAAGUUGUACCUCUCAUUUGUGUUGCUCACUACUUGGAGAUGACAGAAAAUCACAGCAAAAACAAUCUUUUGGGCCAGGCUCUUUCCUUUUUUCAAGAAACAAUCCUCCCCAGCUGGAAUGAAACUGUCAAGGCUUUCCGAACCACAGAAAAGUUCCUUCAACACUCCUUGAAGCUUGGAUUGGUUGAGGCCUGCAUGAAAUCUAUCAUUACAAAGGCACUAGCUAAUCCCAGCCUUCUUGGAGAACCAAUCAAGAAUUCGACCAAGUAUGUGGAUGAUAGUGAGGAGGAGGACCAAGGCUAUAAGCCGAGUGCAAGGAGAAGACUCUUUGACCUUGAUUUCAAAUCGGAGGAUCUGACAACACUGUCCCUCGAACUCUAUGAGCCAGUCAUCCAUGAAAUGAAUAAGCAUGGAGUUCCAUCAACGUUUGUGGCUGCAUCCCUUUGUAACUAUACAAAGAAAUGGGUUUUAUCUGGCAGUGGAGAGGCAGUCAAGAGUAACUACAAAAAGGAAAUCCUUGAAGCUGUGGAGAGGCAUUUGCCUCAUGAGAAAGGACUUGUUCCAUGCACCUUAUUGUUCGAAAUCCUCCGGUUUGCUAAUGUUUUGGAAGUUAGCUCUGAAUGUAGAAAUGGGAUUGAGAUUAGAAUCGGAAAACAACUGGACCAGGCAGCAGUCAAAGACCUCUUAGUCCCUUCUCAAGGCUAUUCCAAGGAAAUGCAAUAUGAUAUUGUAUGCGUGAGGAGGAUAUUGAAAGUUUUCUAUGGCAGUUACACUUCGUCGGACAUAUCUGGGCUAAUUGCAGUGGCAGAACUCAUUGAGGAUUUCUUGGCCGAAGUUGCAAGUGACAUAGAUUUGAACAUAGAUACAUUUGUUGACUUAGCAGAGAUGUCACUUGCAGCAUCAUUGGGAACACAAAGAACCUUGGAUGGAAUAUACAGGGCAGUUGAUAUCUACUUAGAUAAGCAUAGGCACUUGACAGAGUCAGAGCGAGAGGAAGUGUGUCGAGUUUUGGAUUUUCAGAAAGUGUCCCCUGAAGCUUAUGAGCAUGCUGCUAAAAAUGAAAAGUUGCCUUUAAGGGUGGUGGUGCAAGUGUUGUUUGCAGGGCAGUUGCAGCUGCGAGACAGGAUCCUGAAGGAGGUGCAGGAUUCUGAUGACAAAUCAACAAAGGAGGAAGCGGAGGAGUAUGAAGCAAAGUUGGACUUUGGUGAAGAAGAAAUGAGAUCAGAGAUGGAGAAAAUGAGCAUGAAGGUGAUGGAGCUUGAGAGAGAGUGCAAUAUGAUGAGAAAAGAGAUUGACAAUGGCGGCAGCCCUAAGGUGAGGAAGGAGAAAACUAGCUUGUGGAGAGAAAUGAAGAGGAAGUUUGGGUGCGUCAACAGUGUGCACGAUUCUAACUGCCAAUUGAAGAAGAAGAAGAUGCAUCCAAAACAAGGAGUCUAACAUGUAGAUUCUUCUUCCAUCGAAGAUUUCUUUUGCAAAUAUCUAGUUAUUCAUUGAUUUAUUUUUUUUCAGCUUCAAUCAUUGACUUUCUGAAUAAUCAUUUUUCAGCUUGGUUGCCAAGUAGAUUGCUCUUCAUAACUAGUACUUUGUACCAAAUUUUAACUCAAGAAGGACUCAUGAAAUGAC